UUCAUUUUUAUCCUUUUUUGCAACUGAUCAUCAAACAGUAUCUAAAGCUGUUUUGGCUUUGGGACUUGGUUUGUGAGGAAAAUUUUGAAAAUCAAAGAGAAAACAUUGAAGUUCAAAGCUUCGUUGAAGGAAUUGAAUCUUUCCUUUUCGCUGAUUUUAUUGUUGGGUGUGCAAAAUUUAAUGGCUACUGAAGAAGUCAAUAAGCCUCCCCCACUCCCUUCUUACCCACAGCUAAUUAUUAACGCCAUUGAAGCAUUGAACGACAAGAAUGGUUCAAACAAGACUUCAAUAUCCAAAUACAUAGAGUCCAAGUACGGAGAUUUGCCUACUGGCCAUUCCACUCUCCUUUCUCACCACCUUAACAUAUUGAAAGAAACAGGAGAGCUUGUGUUUUGGAAAAACAAUUACAUGAAAGUCGAUCCCAAUGCCCCUCCAAGGCGUGGCCGUGGUAGGCCACCAAAACCCAAGGUUCCAUUGCGACCUGGUAUGGUUUUAAGCUCUGGAAGGCCUCGGGGCCGCCCUCCUAAGGACCCCAAUGCUCCCCCUAGGUCCCCCAAGCAUAAGCUGCCUUCUGGGAGUGGAAAACCACGUGGAAGGCCAAGGAAGAUGGCUCGACCCGAGGGGGGAAUAGGUGGGAGCUCUACAACUAUGAUGUUGACCUCGGCCGUAAGGCCGAGGGGACGUCCCCCUAAGGUCAAGGCUUCGGCAUUGACUGAAGUGAUUGGACAUUGAGUGUAGUUUUAACUUGUGGUUACUAUUUUACUUCAUGUCUCCAGUUUGUUUGUUGUAGAAUUUGCAGGGUGUCUGUUAGUGUGAGAAUUGUGUGUAUGCUUGAAGUGUUCUUGUAGAAAACUCUAAUGUAGUUGUACUUGAGAGGCUUUGAAUAUUUUCUUUUGAAUUUGAAGUUGUUGUAGAGGAUGAUUAAUGCUAAUGAUGAUCUCUGUUGUUCUC